AUGAGCAAGAUUCAUUACAUCGGUACGUAUCGGGUGCACACUCCACGAACCAUCCUUCCAAUCGGUAGCAGGCGCACUGGGGUAAGAAUUACUGAGGUCGUUCUUGACAUAUCACGGCCUUCCUUGCUCCCGACGUUCACGAAUAAUCCCAUCCCGCUCAACAUUACUACCUUUGAGGCUCAUUGUUCCUCCCCUCCAGACGACGGCGGCGUUGAAGAGCUAGAAUGGUUCCUCGCCACAUACUGGCUCGAAACCAUUCUGGUUUCCGUGGAUCCGUCUCCUUCUCCUGGGCCCUUCCAUCUUGGCGUUGACGAGAAUGCAAAGCGUCAAUUUGUUGGCUGGAUGACGAUAAUGGUACUUGUGAAGGCCUGGUCAUGCGAAGGAACCAUAAAAGCCAAUGACACUUCCCCUAGGAUUUCGGUGUGCGUUCCUAACCCCUGUGCUGGACCCAAAGAGCGGAGAUCGAGCAAGACCAUCUGUCUUCCGACGCUGGACAAAACAGAAUCCACGGUGGGCGAAUAUGUCAGUUACAGCGUCCAAAUGCUUCCGUCAUCCUUAUCAACCAUACACACGUGCUCUGAUGGACUUGGGGCUCUGAAGAGCUCACCGUCGAUGACGCGAAUUCGCAGGUCGUGCCGCUCCGUAUGUGCUUUCAAGUACAACGUUGCGUAUGUACCCCGGGUUUGCCCUCGGACGAACGAGAGUCGAAGUUUUCCUCAUUCUGGACUCUUGAGCACUCGCGAGCCCCAACUCCCUCGCAUAAAUAGCCGGAGUAGGAAGUACCUCCAAGCUCUGCAGACUGACGCAGCCAACUUGGACUUUGGGCUCCUGCCUUUCGGACCACGGACUGGAUGUGUGCUUGGUUUUCGUCGGGGACUUGGGGAUCAAUACUCUUUCUCGCAUCGUGUUCGCUUGGGCUUUCUGCAAUCGGAAUUCCGGACAAAUCUUAGGUACCCUACCAGGUGGCUUUGA